UCAUCCCCUGUCAUGGCCACCCCGCAAGAACGACACCCGGAGUUAUUCCGCCCCGUGAACAGCGAGUCUCCGCGGGGGAAACAGCGAAGCGUGCCGCUCGAAUGCCUGUGUUUAGGGUUCAACCGGACGGGCACCGCGUGUAAGUACUUUCUCGGACCGUCCCUGCAGUUCCCCAACCCCCACUCUGAUCAACCCCGCGCCAAUCAGCCAUGUGCAACGCCCUCGAAACCCUCGGCCUUCCCUGCUGGCACUCCACCCAAUUCAUGUCCAGUAAAUUCGGCGAUAUUGAGAUGUGGCAGGAAGCCGUUAAUCGGAAAUUCUUCAACGCCCCAGGGCCGAAGUACGGGCGGGCCGAAUUCGACCAGCUGCUGCACGAUUACGGGGCGGUUUCCUCCGACACCCCGGCGAUUGCCUUCGCGGAUGACCUGAUUCAAGCCUAUCCGGAUGCUAAAGUGGUCCUCGUCGAGCGGGAUAUCGACUCGUGGUACGAGAGUUGGAUGAAUAGCGUGAUCAAGAACACCUAUAACCCUUUCGUCACCGUCGUUUACACCCUUGAUCGGUGGUUUACCCACCCGUUGGGCCACGUACACAAGUCCACUUUUGACGGCUGGUUGGGGAUCAAGGGCCCUGAGGAUGCGAAACGAGUGAGUAAGGCGAAAUAUCGGGAACACUAUGCGUUGGUGCGGAGGUUGACGCCACCGGAUCGCCUGCUGGAGUUCAAGAUGAGUGAUGGGUGGGGACCUUUGUGCGAGUUUCUGGGGAAGCCGGUGCCCGAGGUGCCAUUUCCACAUCUGAAUGAGAAGAAGUGGCUGGAUGAGAAGGUGCAGAUUGUGAUGCACCGCGGGAUGAGGAGGGUGGUCAAGAAGGUGGUGCUGUGGAUUUUGGCGCCGCUGGUGCUAGCAGCAAUGGUCUAUAAAGCGCUUUAGGAGAGUUUUGUACUUGGCUACGAGCAUACUUGCUUGUAAUAUGACCUAGUGACGCGAUGAAUAGUAUCUAGAUAAAGAUGUUCGGGAAACCCCACCGAGAUGUCAGGGAUGAUUCCAUGAUGUUAAGAUGAGCCUAGAGUGAAGUAGACAUGACUAUUGAAUAUUCAUC